GUGCGGGAGCUGUGUGCGCAGCCUGGCCAGCUGCUGGCCCCAGGGGCAGUCCUGGUGCGGUUGGAUGCAUGCAGCCAUCCUGUUGUCAUGAAAGGCCUGUGUGCUGAGUGCGGCCAAGACCUUACCCAGCUGCAGAGUAAGAACGGGAGGCAGCAAGUGCCACUGUCCACAGCCACUGUAUCAAUGGUGCAUAGUGUGCCCGAGCUGAUGGUGAGCUCUGAGCAAGCAGAACAGCUAGGAAGGGAGGACCAGCAGCGACUGCACCGGAACCGGAAGCUUGUGCUUAUGGUGGACCUGGACCAGACUCUGAUCCACACGACAGAGCAACACUGUCAACAGAUGUCCAACAGAGGCAUAUUCCACUUCCAGCUGGGCCGUGGCGAGCCAAUGCUGCACACCCGCCUGCGCCCACACUGCAAGGACUUUCUGGAGAAGAUUGCCAAGCUAUAUGAGCUACACGUCUUCACAUUUGGCAGCCGGCUGUAUGCGCACACCAUUGCAGGUUUUUUAGAUCCUGAGAAGAAGCUUUUUUCUCAUCGGAUCUUAUCAAGGGACGAAUGUAUUGACCCAUUUUCUAAGACAGGAAACCUUAGAAACCUCUUUCCUUGUGGAGAUUCGAUGGUUUGCAUCAUUGAUGACCGAGAAGAUGUCUGGAAGUUCGCCCCUAACCUGAUCACCGUGAAGAAAUACGUGUACUUCCAGGGUACGGGUGACAUGAACGCACCCCCAGGUUCCCGGGAGGCUCAGGCAAGGAAGAAAGGAAACUCUCCUUCUAAAGUUGUCGACCCAGAACCAGCCCCAGCUACAAGGGAUCUGGAAGAUGGCCCUGGUCCUGGACUGGAGCAGAGCAACGGACUUGGGAGGGAGCUGAACAGCAGUGAGGCCUCUGCCCGGUGGGACUUGCCCCCGCCCAAGAAGGCAGACGAGGGGGAUACCUGGCCUCCCACCCGUGCCCCCUCCACUGUCAGUCUCGAGCCAGCAAGUGCUCCAGAGUCCCAGGUGUCCUGUGAGCGGGGCAGCCGGACAUCUUCAGGAGAGCAGCCUACUCAGGCUACCCCAGGCACCAACCUGGACUUUGAUUUGUCCAGUGACAGCGAGAGCAGCCGCGACUCAGAGGGUCCCAAGUCCUCCUCCUCCUCCUCUGCUGCCAUAUCCAAUGGGGAAAGUGAGAAGGCAGGCUCAACAGAGCCUUUCACUGCCCUGGAGGAAGCUAAGGGGCUGCAGCAAGGAGGCCCUCCUGAUGUAGGUGCAGGGAGGCCUGCAGAGGAGCCUGGGCCCAGUGUCCAACCCCAGGACAAAGGGCCCGACCUGGGCACGCAAGAGGAGGGCGAGCGAGAUGGCCUUUGUGGCCUGGGUAAUGGCUGUGCUGACAGGAAGGAGGCAGAGACUGAGUCACAGAACAGUGAGCUGUCAGGCAUCACAGCAGGUGAAUCCCUGGAUCAGAGUGUGGGAGAGGAAGAAGAGGAGGACACAGAUGAUGAUGACCACCUCAUCCACCUGGAGGAGAUCUUGGUGCGUGUGCACACUGACUACUACGCCAAGUAUGACCGGUUCCUCAGCAAGGAGCUGGACGAGGCACCGGACAUCCGCAAGAUUGUGCCUGAGCUCAAGAGCAAAGUGCUGGCUGACGUGAGCAUCAUCUUUAGUGGGCUCCACCCCACCAACUUCCCCAUAGAGAAGACCCGGGAGCACUACCAUGCCACGGCCCUGGGUGCCAAGAUCCUCACGCAGGUGGUGCUGAGCCCUGACGCCCCUGACAGAGCCACCCACCUGAUAGCAGCACGGGCUGGCACAGAGAAGGUGCUUCAGGCACAGGCAUGUGGGCAUCUGCAUGUGGUCAACCCAGACUGGCUGUGGAGCUGCCUGGAGCGCUGGGAGAAAGUAGAGGAACAGCUUUUCCCACUCAAGGACGACUACACCAGGGGGCAGAGGGAGAACAGCCCUGUGGCCGUUCCCGACAGGGAGGUGCUUCCAGCCGCCAUGUUCCACCCUACCCUUGUCCAGCCCAAGGCUCUGCCUGGUCCUGAGGUGCGGAUCUACGAUGCCAAGACGGGCAAGCGCAUCAGGAUGGGUGCCCAGGGCCACGGGCCAGCACCUCCCAGCUCCCUGCCCGUCCAUGGGGAGCCUUCCUCCUUCAGAAACAUCUCCCCACCUCCACAGCAGAUGUUUGGUGAAGAACCCGAGGCCCAGGAUGGAGAGCAGCCUGGCCCUUCUAGAAGGAAGCGACAGCCCAGCAUGUCAGAGACAAUGCCGCUGUACACUCUGUGUAAGGAGGAUUUAGAGAGUAUGGACAAAGAGGUGGACGACAUCCUGGGAGAAGGCAGCGACGACAGCGACAGUGAGAAGAAGAGGCCAGAGGAGUCGGACGGGGUCCUGCAGCCCAGGAAGCCAGGGCUACCAGGGGCCCACAGGGAGCACAUGCGUGCAGGCUCAGGAGACAGGAGCGUAGCAGGUGUCCGUGGGCUCAGAGGCCACAAGAGGAAGCUGAAUGAGGAGGAUGCCCCCAGUGAGUCCAGCAGGGAGUCGAGCAACGAGGAGGGCAGCAGCUCGGAGGCAGACGAGAUGGCGGCUGCCCUUGAGGCGGAGCUGAAUGACUUCAUAUGAGCGGGGCCAGAAGGAUUGGGCCCACAGCCAUACCCGCCUCAGCAGACCUCAGACUUCCUGCCCCAUGUGGGUUUCUUUCUCUCCAAAAGGACGUGUAUAUUUUACAGAGCUCCAUAUACAGAACACAUUAUUUUGCAGAAACAAGUGUUUUUAAGAAGUUUUACUAGAGGAAUCUACUUUUGUACGUGGCCCUGUGUGCUAUGCCAAAGAGAUCAGCAGAGCCUCAUGUGUGGCGGGGCUGGGUUUGUGGUUUGUUGUGGGUGGGGCAGGUGGUCUUCCCCAUGUAUACCAGAGCAUGUUGUUCAGAGGGGAGACUUUAGGAGCUGACAAGACAUGAGGAUGGCAUGGCACGAGCCUAGGGUCUUGUCCUGCCUCUCCACAGCAGGAGCCGUCAGAACCGCCGAGCAUUUUCAGAUGUAACAGAACACUGAGACUAAUGCAGACACUCCCUCCCCACCUCCAAGGCCCUGUCUGUUUCUGGGUGAUGUCACCAGCACAGGGAGCCAUGGGGUUUCCUGCACAGGGUUCAUACCUUGUGGCCUGGGCUGCCAUCAGGCUGUCCUCCACUGGGCGCCAUGACAAGGGCGUGUCACCUUCCUUGGGCAACCUUUUACUUCUUGGAGAGAUCUGAUGUAAAGUUUCUGUGUAUCUGUUUCAUAUCGGACCCACCAACCAGAGUUUCCUUUAAUAAAAAUCUUUUUUGUACAUUG